GAACCCUAACCCCAUCGUCCCCGACCCCCUUCUUUUCCCUCUUCCUCCUCCACCCUGUCCAUCCUCUUUCUCCUUCUCCAUCUCCUUCAAUGGCGUCUGCGGCGGAGCCGCCGCCGAAGAAGCGGAGGAUCUUCGACGCCACUGCGGAUCCGCCGCCGCCGCCGCCGCCGCCGCCGUCGCAGGAGGAGAUCCUUCGGAAGAGAAGGAACAAGGAGGAGAUCCGGAGCCUUUUCGAGCUGUAUCGCCGCAUCCAGCUAUGCGUCGCCAAGAAGGACCGCACUCUCAUGCCCGAUCUCGAACAAGCCUACCUCUCCCUCAUCACCGCUUCUAGAGGCUGCACAAGUGUACAGCGAAUUGUAGCUGAACUUAUUCCUCGAUAUGCCUCAUUUUGUCCGACUGCUCUCGAGGCAGCUGCUAAAGUUUCCAUCAACAUGUACAAUUGGAACUUGGCCAUUAUAAUGAAAGAAGAGGAUACCGAUGGUGUGGCUUAUCAGACUGCUAAAGCCUGUAUUUUUGGCCUUUUUGAUAUAUGUUGCACUGCUUCUUAUGAAGCACCAACAUCAUCCAUCAUUCAGGGGAUCUGUGCUCAAGUUUUUCUAAGUGUUCUUACCUUUUUCGUUUCAACUUUCGAGGGAAAGGAUAUAUUUCAGAUAGGGACCCGGAAAAUUCAAAAUUUGCAAGAACCAAUGGAAUUCUUAAAUGAACUGAAGCAGGAAUAUGUAGAUGCUGAUGAACCUGCUUUGUAUAAGUUAUUUGAGCUGAGAGCACUCUGUUUGCUCAGUAUAUUUAUUUCUUUUCCGAAGAAUUUGCUGGCGGCCUGCUUUGAGAUUCUUUUAUCCGGAGGAACUGAUCUUCUUCUGUAUAAUGGAGGAGUAUACUUUCUAAGUCAGGUGACUAGCUAUCUGAACAUUGGUGACGUAAAUCAUGAUUUGGAUAAGACAAUUGAUCGGGAUUCGCUAUGUACAGAUUCUUCUGUCAACAAUGCAGAUAGCAAGGGAACGAGUGAUGUCAAGCUGGUAGCCAGUGACAGCUGCUCUCCACAAAAAUCUAUGCUACAGUCAUACAACUGUUAUAUGACAAUGGCAAUCAGCAGGGAUCCAUCAUUGAGAGGUUGGGUGUUUUCAAGGUACCAGAAAUUAUGUGAGUCACGUAGGUCUGAGGUCGUUCCAGAGAUAUCAUCGCACCUAGAAAAAGCUUUAGGAUCUUUAUCAGAUGCUACUAGGGAAACACAUCGUGAAGAAAGCAACAAAGACAACUUUGAUACAGCAAAAACCAUCAACAGUCCUAAUAAUCCUUCGUUGGUUAAUAAAUCAAGUAUACAUGAGUCUAAGAUGGAUCAUGCAUUGGGGGUGUACGAUGCAUCUUCUAAUGAUUCUAAGAAGGAAAAUAAGAAGAGAUUUAAUUCGCUGGACAGAGGCUCAAUUAAUGAAAGGAAAGGGCUGGUACCCACCGAGAACUUGGAGAGAGGGAACUCUAAAGAUUUAUCUCCUAUUAAGACUUGCACACCAAAAGAAUCGAUGAGCAAUAAACUCCGGAUUGAUGUUCAGAGCCUUGAUCAGGAAAAAUAUUCCUCUGAUCAAAUAUUUUAUUUUGAUGGGGAUACUCAGUCUAGGGAUGUGAUUUCAGCUACUAAGCUGCUUUGGGUAGGUUCGCUUGGUAACAAUACAUCAGAAACAGUGAUUAGGUCGCACUUUGAGAGUUUUGGUCCUUUGGAGCAAGUUUUACGUUGUCCUGCUAAAAAUUUUGCAUUAGUUGAGUACAAAAACGUAAUGGAUGCUGUGAAGGCACGGAAAUAUAUGCAUGGGUCCUCUCUGUGGGGUGGGUGCCUGAAAGUCAAAUUUUUAGAUUCUGGGUUAGGAAGCAGGGGAUGGGUAAGCGGUUUAGCUGUUGGUGAAAGCUCUCAUGUUUACAUUGGGAAUGUGAUGAGCCACAGAGAGAAAGAUGAGAUGUUGCAUGAAUUAAUGGUAGUGGGACUGAGGAAACCUCACUCUGUUACUGAUCUUAAGAGUGAAAAUGCCUUGCUGAUAGAGUUUGGGACGGCAGAAGAAGGGGCUAUUGCAAUGGCUCAUAUUAGGCAUCGGUGUAGAGCGGCAGGAUCUCAUGUAGAUCCAAGGGCAGGAAACAGCGGAAGAACUUCAGUUUUACAUUGUAGCUCUUCUGAAAGUGGCAACCAAGCUGAGCUCAGGGACAGAGUUUUUCUACAUCGUGAAGAACAGCAAAAGACACCAAGGAAACUUAACUCUUCAGAAUAUUCGUCAUCUCAUGGGGACAUAUAUUCCCCUGGUUAUGAGAGUAAACCAGCGAACUUUUACACCAGUUCAUCCACAAGUAGAUCUUAUAACAGCAUUGGUGAACUUGUAUCCCCAAGGUUAAAUAUGGAAAAACCUGGUAUUCAUGGACUGAGUGAGCUACCUUUUCAAUCUAAUUGGACUGUUGCAAGCAGUUCAGAAGUGCUAGAUGCUGGUUCAAGAAAGUUUGAUGGUUAUAGCAGAAACAAUCCUAUGGAUCCUUCAUUUCAUGGUCCAUCCGCUUCCGGUGGCAGUAAGCAGGAGCUUGAUGCAAAAUUAUCUGUACAGAGGACCCUCAUGGGCCCUCCUGGUCCUCCACAUGGCGGCCCCAUAAUACCCCCACCUGUGCCUACAUCCUUUUUCCGUCCCAUCCAUCCUCCCAUUAAUCAUAUCUCUAUCAGCAUAACAACACCCAAUGAAAAUUUCCGUCUAAAUCCAAGUGCUCCUCUCCCUUUUAUACCCUCUUCAAUAACCCCCCUUUCACAGUUGGUGGUGCCUGUACCUCCUUUGUCAGGUAUGGCUCCUCCACCUCGACCACCACUGGAUUUGCCACAGCCUCUACCUUCUCCGCCCCCAGCGCCUGUUUCCCGGCCCCCAUUUGUACCUCCUCCUCCAAACUCUUCCCCACAGCAAAAUUGUAUUGAAUCCUUCAACUCGCAAUAUCGGUGGGAAGGCUCUCUCUCAAAAAGUGGGGUUCAUUACUGUACAAUUUAUGCAAUUCGAGAGGAUUCAGAUGCAUGCAGAUAUUCAAAUGGAGUCUCUGAACCAAUAGUCUGGCCAGCUAGAUUGGAUGUGACAAAGCGCACAGACUUUCGGCAUGUGAAGACCACUUUUGGUAACACUCCUCCCAAUAGAAGAGAGGUUUGUCGGUUGCUACCGUCGUCUUCUGGUGACCACAAAGGGUUGCGGGAUUUCAUAUCAUACUUGAAACAAAGGGAAUGCGCCGGUGUGAUAAAGAUUCCUGCAGCGAAGAAUGUGUGGCCGAGAUUGCUGUUCAUUCUCCCUCACUCGGCGGAUAUCUGCACCAUGCUGGCCAUUAAUCCUCUCCCGGCUGAGUCCCUCGUGGCGCUGGUCUUGCCCAAAGAAACAAACUCCGAACCGGUAUGAUUCCCGUCUUGGUUGUAGUGUGAGAUGUUUUGUGUAUAUAGUCAAUGCGCCUAUGCCCGUGGAAAAUUUUGUGCAUUAUGUUUGUGAACUCUGAAGAACCAUGAAGGCUAAUUUUGUUUGUUUUGCGUCUCUUGUGGAACAUUUCAUUUAUCAAAUCUCCAGGAGCUGCUCGGUGCAGCUUAACUCUCUCUUGUGUGUGUGUGUGUGUGCGCGCGCGCGGGGUUUUCAAGUUAUAAAAGAGGGGUUGUUUAAACAGAAAAAAAAAGAAAAUGGAAAACCUGUGGACUGGUCAAUGAAUCUA